AUGGAUGCAGACGUCCCUGCAGCUUUUGAUAUUCUCAAGGGGAAACGUGUCAAACUGACGCUGAAGUCUUGCUCGUACACCGGUAUCCUCCAGCGAAUCAACCCCGAGAAAACCGUGGUUUUGGCGGACGGUUAGAAAUGUUUUGUGUAUUUGAAGAAGUUAGCAUAGAACUUUUGUAGCACUGGUUAUGACAUCAAAACUCUUUCUGCCACCUGUAGGCUACAAAAACUACCACUUCCCGUGGCUAAAACGACUGUUUUAUCUUUAGUGUCUUGUUCAGUCCCUGGACGUGAUAUCAUUAAACAUAAUGGGUCAUUAUUGUUCUUCGGGCGUCAGAUCCUGAAUGGUGAGUCCUCAAAUAGCUGUUGAGUUUUCCCAAAAGGUUAAACCCAUACUGAAGAGCAAACAAAAUAAAAACGAUAAUAUCUGACCUGAUGUUUCUGUGUCAUUUAACUGACAGUGGAAGUGAUCAAUGAUGCGAACACUGACUGUGGGUAAGUGACUAUUAUUUAUCUUUGCUAAUGUUAACACACUGAGCUCAGCAAUAAAUUGGUGAAAUAUAUCUAUCAAUAAAGUUCUUCUCAUCUUAUCUUGUUGAAAUAGCAAUUAUGCAUAUUGUAAGUAAAAUUUGCUUGCUGCAUUUGCAGGCACUUUACCCAACACAAUCAAUUAAGUUCUUGUUUUGGACUUGUGAUGAUAAGCCUGUAUGAAUGGCCAGACAUUAUAUGAGUGUGCCAGAACUGUAAACAGUGUGCCAGAACUGUAAAGUUACUGCCAAAAUGUCCUGUGAUUUCACCCUGGAUAGGUGCAGGGCCAAAAUCGCUUCACCAAUUUAUACUGUUGCUUAUAGUGAAACAACUAGUUGUUCGUGGGGCUUACUUUACCCCGACUUCCAUCAGUUUUUUUUAAUUUUAUUUUUUUUAGUAGAUAAAUAAACUUCCACUUCAGUAAAAUCUUGUUGAAGUAACUUUUAACUUUUUAGGGGAAUAUUUAAACACACUUUCCAUUACUGUCCAGUUGUAUUGAUUUCUAUUGUGUUACUUAGAAAUGUCCAAGAUCACAAACAUGAGGAGCACUUGAAUGUGGAAAAAUUUCAGCCAUACUGGAAGACAUUCCUGUUUGGUGAGUAUGAUGAGGGAAAUAAAUCUGUAUUCAUACUCAAGAAAAGUAAUGGGAGGCAUUGUUUACAGUUAAGAUGGUCAUUUUCUUCACAGGUAAUGAAGAAGAUGAGGAGGAAUGCAUCAACUAUGUGGAGAUACAUGGGUUUCAUGAGAAAUUUGUGCCUGCUGUAAGCUGAUUUUGAGUGCCCUCUUGGUUGCAUAGGACGUGUAAUUGCAUAUAACAUAUUCAUUUCAGUGAUUGUGAUGGGAAAUCUCACUGAUACCUUCAAGUGUGCAUCCUUCAGGUGAUGGACAUCAAAACACAGUGUGGGAUCAGUGUAGGAGUUGCUGGAGUUGAGGCCUAUCAGCAUGAGAGGCUGUGCUGGCUGCUGGUGAGUUAUUUUGAGUCCUUGCUUCUUGUUCCUCACCCAUCCUCUUUUGUCUUUAGCGCAAAAAGACAAACCUCAUGGUCUGGUUUCUGUUUCUGGUCCCCCCCCCCAUAAAUAAAUAAAAUAAAGUAAAAUCCUACUUUCAUUCGUGUAGAUUGCCACUAAAGACAAAGUCUACUUGUUUGAUAUUCUGAGACUUGGAGCCAUGGCCUUUAAGAACGGUCUUUCCAUGAUCCUGGAGAGCAAAAAAAUCCUGAAGGUGAGGAGUAUGAAUGGACUGAAAUACUGUAGAGUCAUUAGGUAAUCAGCUGACUUGAUGUUUGUUAUAAUAUCUGUGCUGGUUUGGCACAGGUCAUUCAUGACUGCAGAAUUGUUGCUGGAUGUCUGUGGGCUCAGUUCGGGGUAAAGCUAACCAACGUCUUUGACACACAGGUACAUGUACUAGGUCCUUUAUUAGAAGAUCAUGUGCUUUACUCGUGUUUCUUAUUGUGGAGCUGGGUUUACACUUUUCUACUUUUCCCCUGUCUUCCUCUUCCAUGUGUUAAGGUGGCAGAUGUUAUGUGCUUCCACUCAGAGACGGGUGGUUUCCUCCCUGACAGAGUCAGUACCCUGCAGGAGGUGGUGGGUCUCCAUCUGAAAGUGCCCUCCUACCAGCUUCAGUCCCUUCAAAUGACUGAACAGCUCACAAAGGUAGAGCGCACAAUCUCAUCUAAAAUAGUCCUGUUGACUGUAAGCAUGUGUGUGCUGAAAUACAUGUCUUUGUUUGUGUGUACAUGUAUGUAUGCAGGAAAAAACGCAAAUUUGGCAAGAGCGGCCCUGUCCUGUGCCCCUGCUGAAGGUGAUGGCUCUGUCAGUGAUCCACCUUCGGCCUCUCAGACUUGUGCUACUUGAUGCUCUCAUGAAGGACUACAUGGUCCUGGUGGAGUCAUACCUCACUAGUGACCCCUUCCAACCUGAUGAGUUACAGCAUAUAACCAUGGUGGGUAAAUCACAAUUACAAGUUUCUUAUGACUAUUUUCUCAGAACCUGACCAAAUUUUGUUCCAGCUACAAAUCUGUGAUCAUUUCAGAAACGUAAAAAAAGGUAUAAAUUACAAGACUUUUUCUUUGUUUGGAUAAUGAAAUCAUACUUAUUAAGAACUUUUGAUGUUAAAUGUGUUGGUUAAUUUACCAGUGAAUAAAUUGUAAAACAAAAAAGAAAAUUCUGUUUAUUUUACAUAUUUGGUAAUAGAAAAAAAGCUGAAGAAGACAAAAACAUUUGUGAGUGACCCUUGCUCAACUGCAGGCGUAGAGCUGACAAAUUAAAAAAUGUAGAGAGACUGUGCAGAUACAUGACUACAAAAUUUACUGCAUGCCACCCUGCUGGAUGACAAAAACUGUUUUUUGAGACAGACCCUCAAUGAUGCCAGUGUAUUCUUGCCAUCAGAGCUUCUCACCCUGGUGCUGGUUGAUGCUUCAACAACACAACUGGGCUGUUAUUUCCACAGCACAGGUGUCCCACAGAGUGCCUCCUUGUAGUGCCUUCAGCUGCAACACACACAAUGAAUUGUUAUGUGAUUCCCGGUUGUUUCUACAUGUCCUUUGAAGGCUGUUGUGAGGAAGAUGGACACAGGAAAAAAAUAGUGCAAGACCUAAAUAUUAAAAAGUGUGAUUUUUAUUAUUGAAUUUUUUCGAUUGAAGUACAAAAAAAGUAAUACUGGUAUUUGUUUGGCAUAAUCCUUAAAAUAUUUCAAUCAUAUUAUGGCUGUGUUUGAACAGUUGAAGGUCACGUCUAAGGGGGUAGUGUGUCUGUUUUUGUCCUUAGGAGAGUGCAUUGGCGCUGCCGGAUGUGCUCAGGCAGUUGGAGCACAUGCGUGGUGAGAAGCAGGAACGGGCUCUUGCUCGUUACCCCGUCACUGAGAAAGGUCUGCUGAAACGUUUCAACCCUCGAGCUCCUGCAUCCUACACCUCACCUGCAGCAGAGCAGCAUGUCCAGGCCGAUGCUGAUUCCGUCAAACCUGCACUCGUGGAUUCACCAUCCUCUGAACCAGUGGAACUCAGUCUUCACAAGCCGCCUGCCAGCCCUCUGAGGGUUCCCAGUGUCAUGUCUGUGGGUAGGGGAAGAGGAUGCACAGAGGUGCAGAUGGGUGGAAUGGGUAGAGGGAAACCCUUGGGGAAAGACUUGAAAGUCCCACCUUUUCCUGCCAUAGGAAGAGGGUUUCUUCUCCAGAUAGCCACAGGUCAGAUCAAAAGAGAGAGUACAGGUAACAGGGUGACAGCCCUCAACCCUCGAGCUCCUGCAUCCUACACCUCACCUGCAGCAGAGCAGCAUGUCCAGGCCGAUGCUGAUUCCGUCAAACCUGCACUCGUGGAUUCACCAUCCUCUGAACCAGUGGAACUCAGUCUUCACAAGCCGCCUGCCAGCCCUCUGAGGCUUCCCAGCGUCAUGUCUGUGGGUAGGGGAAGAGGAUGCACAGAGGUGCAGAUGGGUGGAAUGGGUAGAGGGAAACCCUUGGGGAAAGACUUGAAAGUCCCACCUUUACCUGCCAUAGGAAGAGGGUUUCUUCUCCAGAUAGCCACAGGUCAGAUCAAAAGAGAGAGCACAGGUAACAGGGUGACAGCUCCCCAGAGUCCCAACAGUACCCAAAGAGAGGAAGCCCUGUGAUGGUCCCAGCCCUGCUGCUAAUGACCCUCCCUAAGGACACUCAAGGUGUUGAGACACUGCAGUCCUUGUUUUUGUUCUUGCCUCCAUAAAAGUUCCUUUAGUUUGUUGUGGUUUCCUGCUGUCACCAGUAGAUGGCAGUAAAUGUUCAGAAAAUAAAGUUUUAUGUUCUGAUAAAAUAUGAGUCUGUGUGUUCUUUCAUUUGACUAUUAUAUCAUUAGCUGUGUUUUGAUUUGAUUGAUAGUUGAUUGCACUCUAAUCUAAAUGAUCUGUUUGAUAAACUCAAGGGAUGUAAACCAGUAAAAAACUUGUAAUUUUGCCAAAAACACUGAUCUGAAAAAUGCUACAAAAUUCAAGAUUUGGCUCUCUGAACACAAACUGAAACCAAAAGCAGUUCCACAUGCCCAUUGAACCGUAGUUCUAAUCUUGGUGUGAUUGAUUGCCAGUACAGCUUGGCUUCUGUGCUUCAGCUAAUUGAUUGUGAAAAGCAGAGCUGGGCAUUGAUGGAUCUGCUGUUAAUUGAGCAAAAACAUUGCACUCCUUCUGAUUACCGAAGACUAAAAAAACAUUAAAACUUGGCACAGGCAUGGCUGGGAUCCUGAUUCUCACAACCUCUUUCAUCUCUGCAGUUCAGAUGUGCACGAUCACAGGUGGCUAACACCUGCCAUGUUUUACAAAAGCAGAUCUUAUCCAUCUAAUUUAAUGCUUCAAGUGCCUUGCAGACGUCGCAGUGAGGCUCUGCACAUCCAUUUUAGCCUAGAUCAAGGCAUGGACACAACAGCAGGGCAUUGCUGCAGCCUGCGGCACAAAUGGGCCCCUCAUAUUAAUCACAUCUUAGUGCUGGAGUUAUGUGCAUGCGGAGGCUUGGGCCCUCUCCAGAGUUUUUUCUAAUUGAAAGCAUGAAACAGAUAAAGUAGGAUUUUAAUUAACUGGGAGGCAGCCCAGCACAAAGCCUUGCAUCUCUCCUAGCAACGAGCUCCUCCUCAGCUUCUGCUAAACACAAGCAGGGUGGAUCCCACCCAUAUGCCACCUUUAACCCUUUGAAAUGUGGUCGUUGCUCAGUAGGGUGUGCUCAGAAGGGAACAAGAGGUUUAAUGUCUCCAUCUCUAAGCUGAUCCAGUUGAUAUUUGCGCUGCUGUAUGUCAUUUCUCAAGUAACUGUACCAUACUGCAGCUUUAUAGGUACUGUCAACUCACUUGAACCCUUUUUUUCCCAAUCAUGUUUCACGAUUCACAAGAAAGGAAGUCUUUUUUUAUAUCUGCGUCACACACCAGUAAAGUUGUGGGGGGCUUUUUGUGUGUGUGUGUGUGUUUGUAGAGGGGGGUGCAGGUCUCUGUGGGGCAGUGCAGGACAGGCUCCUGUCAUUGACAACCAGAUUGGGGCUCUUAAUUUAGAGGACCUUGCAUUUCCUCUCCGUCACAAUAAUGCCUUAUGUGCAGCACUUCCUGUUUCUCAGGCCCGGGAGGAAGGAACAGGGCGCUUGUCACACAGUAGUCACACCGCUUCCUCCCUCCCUCCCCCUCACUCCUCUCAAACUUCAGACAGUGUUGUGUCCUUCAGAGGGGAAAGAUGACUGCACCUUCAGCAUCACAGCAGGAUGCUGCUGCACUAUUUUUAGCCUUAGUCGGAAAGGUAGCGCACAGACAUAAACACAAACUUUAGGAUGUCCAGCUGUGUUGAUUUAGCAUCCGAAAAUGGAGGUUCAACCGCGAAGGGCUGAUUAUUGUUUUGACUGAGCAGUGGGAACCAGGAGGCCUGCUGUUUGCUUGAGGUGUAAUAGAAAUGGGUCACCCAUAAACAAUGAUUUUCACUUUAAAUGUUGCACACAUUGUCCUGUAGACCCUUGAAAUCACAGAGACAUUGUUUAAUCACAGGUGUUUUUGAUGUACCAUUAUGCAACCACAAGUUAUGAAUGGACAACACCUAAACUUGUUGCACCCUUCUGUAAAAACAAAAACCUCACCACCUUAUUUACUUCCCACCAUGUUAUUGUCAUACUACAGCAGCUCCAGUUACCAACAGCAGCAAACUGACAAAGUACACACGACAGACCACAGCUCCUGUACACAACUGCCCCUCCUCUUGAUGAGUGUUAGACUACAGAUUUGUUUAUAAUUUAUGGGUAUUUGUUAAUUAUUAAGAGCGGAACCACUCCCUUUAAAUGGCACCUUGCUGAUUGUCGUGUAGUCAACUGUUUGCUCCCCUGUGCAUGUCAUUAAAAUUCACUGCUCAGUUUGCUGACUGAGUGCACACUCAGAUCACAGUGCAUUUCUCUGAUGAUGCUCAAGACACGGAAAAGCUGACACAUACUGUUUGGACCACUGGACUGUCAGUAAUCAGAUUGUUUGUGCACUUCUUAAAAUUGACUCAUGAUCCUAUCCUGCCACAUGGACAUUUCUCGUCUAAUUACAAGCCUUGUGUCGUCUGGGAGUUGGUUGAGCCUUGUGGUGGCAGAAGCGACUUUUUCGAUUAAUAGUUUGAAGGAACUUAAUCAUUGGUUUUACCUGAAUCAUGCAGUAUUUAGAGACGGUAUUCAGCAGUCAGACUUUGACGCAACAAAUUAGGAACAUGUCAACAAAAUAAUCUCAAUUUCAUUAUUCAUGUAACCACAUGUAAUCCCUUUGUAGUCGCAGGCGGGGUGGAACAUAAUCAGAUAUCAGGUUCCACUAUGACACUGAACUGUAUCCCCGCAGCCAAUCUCCCAUCUGUUAGGAAAAACCCAUUGUUGAAUCCCACUCAACACCACCCCCCACUUACCACCACCUCUCCCUCUGUCUCUCUCACGUUACAAAAUGACCCUCUUUUGCUCUCCUCUGGUCGCAUUCAACGAAAGAAUAAAUAUUUAACGUGAGAAAGGCCGUUCAUUCCAGGUGGCCUCUCAAGGACAGCAAAAAUUAGAACAAAACUCAGCAUCAAUAUUUCAGCCAGCCUUACUAACAGUAUGUUUACAUCCCUCCAGUCAGGAAACAAGGCGCAGGAACACCCCUUGAUAUGCCCACAUUCGUUUAAACAGACGCAUGCACAGAUGCAGGAACACAAUAUGCAUCUUUAUGAACUGCUGUGUUGUGUUUACUCAGGCAGUGUGGAGCAUCAGGACCUCAAGGACCUCUCCAAAGGGGCCUGCCAUAUUGUGACCUUCAGCUGGAACAGAGGAGCUCAGAUUGUGGAUGAGUGACAGAUGAGGAUGCAGAUGAGAAUGUGUUUGAUGCUGCAGGAAUGCCCUCAGCUGGUCCGACUGCACAUGCAUAAGCACAGUAAUAAACCCUUGGUGGUUUUAGGUCAUGCUAGCUGCUUUGUCUUAUGACAUAAGGUCCUGUAAAUACCGAGUCAUAACUUUUGUCGAUUGAUUGGUGUACUACUUUGAAUUCAGAUUGAAAUAGUUCAACAGCCAUUCAUUGUUCCUGCAUCCCCAUGACUUUUUAGUUCAGUUUUAUGUGAUGCUUGAUCAGAUGCCUGCUGAAAAUGAUCAAAUGACACUAUCAAUAGUCAAACUGGUUCAUGUUUGCAUGCUAAUAUAUUAUUGUGAAUCAGGUAAAUACUGCAUGGUAAACUUCAGCGUGUCAGCAUUGUCAGUGUGAGUGAGUUACAUAGACUGAAUAAACACUGAAGUAGUUGAUGGUGGUUGCCGUAUUUCAAAUGCUGACUUCUCCUCACCUUCACUGGACCAGCAGGGGAUAAGAGGUGGAGCUUAGAUGGUCCUUGGGUGUCUUGGUAAACUAUAACAAUGCACCAAAGUAGACCAUUUAUGUAAUGAAACGAUAGGUCUUUUAGGAAAAAGUGUAGUUUCAUUUAAGCCGUGUAGUAUUGGAGUGGAGGGAAGUGGGGGCUACAGAGACCAUUGUCCAGCGUGUGCCCAUUAUCCUUGUUGCUCUCUGCUCUUUCAUCAUGAAACUGUUUGUCCAAGGAGGCAGGUGAUACCAUGAUCACAUUUUUUGUUUGAUAUUAUCUCUACUUGUUGUGUUAAAUACAGGAUCAGUAAGAGUGUGAAGGAACAUGCCUGCAUGCAGCAAAGAGAGCCUCACUACAUCCAUGCAAAUUGUACCAGUCUUGCACGCGUCGUGCACCAGUCCCGCAUGAUGACCUUGUCAACACCUCUACCUACACGGGGUGAAUCUCCUCAUCUUUUAUCUUCGAUGUUCACAUAUUGGCUCAUCCUAACAUCUUGCUGGAAUUUUACCAAAGGGCAGGAAAAAAUAGUGUGGGUGAUUUUUGCCCUCACACAUACAACUUAUCCACAUCACUUUGGGGAGUUUUAUGCAUUUGUGGAAACAGGUCAUGAAGAAUUUUUCAAAAUACAUAUUUAACAUACAUUUAGACAAAAAUAAUUUUUUCAUGUAGCUAUGAUAUAUCCUCUACAGCGUUAAGCUGAAGGCUUUGCUUGAUUGACAAAGGUCACUGUGGGUCAAAAGAAAAGGUGUUUAUUCACCAGAAAAUUCUGGUAAUAAGUUAUUAGAAUUCUGGUAACCCCCUCAGCUACAAAUGUCUUUGAUUAAAAAGAUGGGAGAUUAGCUUUUGGCAAGUUUGUCAUAAUUAAAGCCUGCAUUGUUUAAGAUGUCCAUGUGUGUAUGUGUGUGUGCACACACGCACAGAUGAGGGGGUUGUUGUAGCCACAGGGAGGAGGGUCUGGGAGAAGAAGGGCUGGGGAGGGUCCCUGUGGUUGGCUGAAUUAGUGCCCGCUGGUUUGGCCUGGCAGCUGCUCUCUGAGCCUGGCAUGAUGACAGCCUGGCACUGUGCUGUGUUGUCAGGGCCAAUCAGCCGACAGUCAGGGAGGGAGCAACACCAGACUCACCAACACAAAUGCAUGUAUGCCAGGCUUUGUCUCCCAACCAGCUUGUCAUAUGUGCAUUACUUGUUAUGGCAAUAUCAUUGGAUUAGUAUGAGAUUAAACUGGCUAAUUAAAAAGGGGCGAAUUCUACCAAAGUCAUCAGAGGAGAUGUAAAUGCCAAGGUAAGCUUGAUAUGACAUUUGGCCAUAAUGAAAAAUCUGAACACCUCUUUUGGAGCAGUGCUGGAUUCAGAAACAGUCAGUGUGCUGCCACUUGUUCCAUGAUUAAGUUAAGACCGUGACUGUAUUAUUCACUUAAGUAAAAUUCAAUUUAAUUAAACUUCUUUGUCGAGAGCCUCCACAAAAGCCUUGAAUGGUAAAUGAAAAGUAGUGCCAGCUGUUGUAUAAUUAGAUCAAACUCUUAAGAAACACACUAACAUUGAUUUCAUUGGUUCUCAAUAUUUCAGCAUAACCUAAUAUGGAAACAUAAGUCAGUCACUGAGCCAACUUUUAAUAAGACAGUUGAAUUAUUAACAAUGUAUAAAUGUUAUUUUACUGCAACAUCCACUUACUUCAUCACAACUCCAAAGACAUACUGAAAGUGUCAUCAUGGAUCUGCUGCAGGCUGCAAAAGGUGUUUAUUGAGUCUUUGACCACCCCAGUGUAGAAGGUCUCACUUGUGGGAAUUAGGGAGAUCCUGGGCCUGCCAGGGCCGGCUGAGCCUGCCUUGGCCCAGAUGCAGCAGCUUCUGUCCGGGCAUGGCAUGGCACUUGUGUAUCUGUGGGGCCCAAGGACACCAGCUGCUAUCUUGGUGUCACAGACAGCUGUAUGUGAAUAUUCAUACAAAGCGGAGAUUAACGCGCGCUAGUUUGGCUACACAUGACGUGCUGUCGAACAGGCCGAAGUGUGAAAUGGUCCUGAGGUCAUGAGUGUACGUCUUCAGCAGUGACAACCGAAAAGUCCAACAGUCCAUGAAGACAGCCUGUGCCUCAGAAAGACAGGAACGCUAAGUGGGGGUUGUGUUGUUAACUAAAAGUGGAUCAAGGCUUGACUAGAUAGGUGUGUUUACUGCCUGUGAGACUCAAAAGAAGAUGUUAGCUGCUGUGGCAUGGUGGCUCAUUUUGUGUGUUUAUGUUUUGGCCCUUUCGUUUCUGGAUGUGGGAGGACCUGAGAGCAGCUGUCCAAUCAUUUUGUGGCUCCUCCAGUGCUCAGUCCAACUUCUCUUUUGGUCGAUGCCUUUCAGCUCACGCCAGUAUGUGAAUCAAACAAUUACAUCCAAACCAAUGGCUACUCUCCACAUCCACAGCUCGACCAACCUUGGCUUUCCCUGGGAUGUGUUUCAGGGGGAUUUUUGGUCAGGGUUUGGUCAAAUAAUUUGUUGGCUUGCAGCAAUAGAAUUUGUGAAUGUGUUUUGGUGAGUGUUUUGGGGCUAGAGUUUUUCUAAAUGAGCAGAUGGUCUUUACUUCCCGGUCUGAAUGAGUGGAGUGGACCAGUGGGCACACAGAAGCAGAUUUGUGGGUAAACUGUUUUACCUCCCCUCUCUUUGUGUAGUAAUGGGGAUGGCAAAAUGGUUGCUAACUGCUGAUGAACAAUGGCUGGGCCCUAAUGAGAGCAAAGUGUUUUGGUGCUGCUGGUAUAAUGAGGACGGAGUGGGCAGCUUAUUGUUGUAACCAUCUGAAGGCACCAGAAGCUUCCCUUUAUUUCCACCAUGAAACAAUGCAAAAAUCUUUAAUCCAAUAUGAACCGAAAAUGUUUGAAACACACCUGUGAGGGCACAAAAUAAAACACAAAGAAACAUCUUAUCAGCAGAGAGCAGUCUACUGUAUGUAAAUCCAUCACAGGAUAGUAAACCUGUAAGGUAACAGAGUCAGGCUUAUUUACUCAACUUUUAGCGGCAGUCUGGCCCUUAGCUGACCCUGUGAACAUGUAACACAAGCUGUAAAACCCACAGGUUGUGAAAUCUGUGAUUAGAACUGGUGAGGAUCUGCUUGUCAGCCAUGUUUGUCUGCUCGGUGUCGUGGUGAUUUAUGGAGGAAAUGCUGUGUGGGUGUUCCUCUCCCAUUGUGCCCAGUAUUCUUCGCUAACUCACCCACAGCUGGAUCCCUUUCUGUUGAGUGGACUAUUGACCGCUACGUUUUUGAGUAAACCUCCAUUUUACACUGCCAAACAUCAGAUUACCACCACAAUGAUCAUUUUGGCCACAGAAAAAAAACCAUUUGUUUUGCUUUCAAUCUUGGAUGCAUGACAUCAUUCCGCUGUUAUCGCUCAGGAAUGAUUUCUGAUAAUGAGGCUGAUUUUGCUCGUGGGACAUGAUUGACUAUUGGUUGAUUACAGAGAGAGUUUGUGUACUUGAAUGAGCAAUAUGUACUCUACUCAUCAACAGAAAAGGCCUGAGCACAAAUGCCAAGGAUAAAUCCAAGAGGAUGGCAGUGAUUGCCCUGGCAGGGUGGGAACAACACACAAAAAGCACAUAUCUCAACAAAAAGAGGCAAUCUAACAACUGAUAAUCUUUUUGCUACUCUUUAGGGGCUUGAAAAUUCGCCUGCAAAUGAAAAAAGCAGCAAAAACUUACAGCGAGCCAUGAAAUGAGUCUGCAAAUGUAUAUGUAAACAUAGCUGAAAGGAAAUAAGGGAACUAACACAAGUUGAUUUCUUCCACUGGGAGUUGUUGCUUUUCUAGACUUUAAGGGUUACUUUUUUAUUUUCUCCUACGCAGAAAGAAAACUUUAUAUUGUGUAAAUAAAGAUAAGCACCGCAUGCUAUUUCAUCUUGUGAAAUUUAUGGUUGCAGAUCGUGGUUGUUGCAGAGCUCGCACAGCCCUAAAAGGAGACAUUUUUUGCAGAGGCGUACCAGUUUCCCAUCAAGCCUGUGCCUUUGCUCUCUGUGGCAGCAGGGCUAGAUUAUUUUCCCGUCAUUAUGUGGGCUCCAGAGGAAAAAGAGAAGUAAAAUGGUUUCCAGGUUUUACAUCAAUUGGAAGAGGGAGGAGGUAGAAGUUGCAGGGGCCUGGCUGCAGGUAUAGCUUUAUCAUCUGUGGGCAGUGGGAAAGCAGCAGUGUGGUAAUGAGUCACUAGUUCUCAAGUUCUCAUCCUGAAUAAAAAUACAUAAAAUUACAGCAAACACUCACAUGUUGGCACAGAUUUACUGCAUCAAGGAAGAGCUAAAUGUAUUUUAUUGCCAAGCUUCCCAGUCGCGCACAAGUCUUUCUGUCACUCGUAUAAUUCACUGGAUGUCAACCAAAGCAGCUAUCAGAACAAUAAGCAUUGUGAUGUCUGACAGUGACAAAACCCCCCAAUUCUUUGAGUUACACCAGGGGAUGACACCCAAAUGCGGGGGAAAUGGGUGUAGAUUAGGAAAGGAAAUGACACAAUUUCCAAAAUUAAUUGUGUAAAAGACAAAAAGACAACAGGGGUCCUGAGUAUGAGGAGCUUCAUUGUAUAAGGUUUUGGUGGGAACAGAUUUUAUCACUGAAGUGUUGUUUUCUCUAGUUUUACGUGCUGAGGAAGAAAAAUGCAGGUCAGAUAUCCUGGACUUUAGUUUAGCAUACUCAGCAGGCUAGGUGGUACCUCCAGCAGGAUUCCCUCUUUUCUUUCUCACCAGACCCGAGUCUUAUUGUCUGAGGAGGAGCCAGGUUGUCUAGAUAAUGUCCCAUUCUCCUCUGUAGCCUGAUAGGUUUACCAGCAGCAGCAUGGAAUAAGGACUCACUCUCCCAUAGGACAAACAGGAACCUGCUUGAAUGUACUCAGAUGCUUAUCUGUCUCUCCCAUGACUACUGUCUAUACUUAGGAAUCAGAUACCAUUAAUGUUAUUCUCACAGUCCCUUUGCUCAGACGGUAACAUUCAGAGCCAAAAAAGGCCAAUCAUUUCAAUCACCAUCGUGCCCCUUGAAUCCAAAGCCAUGAGAUGGUUUGAUCAGUUUGGCACUGGGCAAGUAAAGCAGGUGAGAGUUAGUCCCUAAAAGUUCAACAAAUAAACCUGAUGUUUUUAAACUAAGACAGUAAGAUUAAUUUAAAAACAAAAAUUACACCCUACAACCACUUUUAGAGAGGGUGCACUGAUUUAUCAGCUGUUAACUGUUAUUAGAUGUUAUCUACUAUAAGCUUGCUUUGUAAGUUAUGAUCUUACCAGUGGUCAUCUGAAAAAUCAGAUACAAGCUGAUGUCAAACUCGUGCUCUGGCCACGCACAUGCAUACAGCAACCAGAUUUUUUUUUUUUAACCAUUUAGAUGACACAGCUGAAGAGAGACAUGAAAUAUAGAAUCAGAAGAUGAGAAUGAGAAUUAACCAAAAUCAAAGUUUAAAGGUUUUAUUUUAUCCCGUCAUACAUUCUUUACACAUUCUGCCUUUAACCUCCCAGCAUGGGCUUACAUUAAACCAUGAAUGCAAUAUAAAUAUUAUCUGCAAAGUUAAUGGAACAGAAGAAGAAAAUUAAAACAAGAACACCAGAGUUAUGUCCAAGUUAAAAAAUGCGUUUCUGUCUGAAGGCAAAAUGACAACAUUUUUGCAGUUCAAAACCAAAAAUUAGCAUCUUUAUAAAUGCUCAUAAAGUUCAAGUAGCAGACACAGUUCAACAUCAGCUGUUCAGAGGGACUGUAAAUCUAGGCUUGAUAGUUAAAUUGCUGCAAAGAAGCCACCAGAGAUGAGGAACAACACAGAGAGAACUGCUUGGGCCAAGACACACAAAUAAUGGACAUGAGACCAGAAAUCAGUACUUUGGCCUGAUGAGUCCUAAUUUCUUUGUGAAAUGAGGAAAAGCUGUUUAUAGCACAUGUGUAGUUUCCACGGAAGGACCCCAGUGCAGGUGUAAUGUUGUGACUGUUAUUGAUUUAUCCUAAAUGAAUGACCUCUGCCCAACUGGUUGUUGGUCUAGGGCUAAGUUGGGGGGCAGAGUAAAGGAAAAACAGUCCCAAACUCUUCAAGACUUUUGGAAAACCAGUCCAGGUACCGACCUCGUGAAGCUGGUUGAAAGACUGCAGAGUGUGUUCAGAUGUAAUCAGAGCAAAAGGCGACUACUUUGGUCUUCCACAUUCAUCUGUAUUUUGCAAAUAAGGGAAAGAAGAAGAAGAAGAAGAAGAAGAAGAAGAAGAAGAAGAAGAAGAAGAAGAAGAAGAAGAAGAAGAAGAAGAAGAAGAAGAAGAAGAAGAAGAAGAAGAAGAAGAAGAAGAAGAAGAAGAAGAAGAAGAAGAAGAAGAAGAAGAAGAAGAAGAAGAAGAGGGGACUCCCAGGAUUUUUUUUUUUUUUUCAGACCACCAUUGGUAUUCACUUUCACAAAAAUAUUCUCAAUCUUAAAUGCUGACAUUCAGUCAUCUUUGUAUACUGACCUCUGGAAACCAAGGUUGAAGUUUUUCACAGAGAUUGAUGAUGGGAAGAAAUAAGACUGACAGGAGGGACAAACUCAUGACAUCAGGAUCAACAUGGGACAUUUCUGCUUUAUAAGUAAGACAAGGGUUUGUCUGAACUAUCUCUGUCCACUGUGCAGUAGAAAUGCAGGCGCUACGCCAGCGUUCAGUCCAAAAUGACCAUUUUUAGGUUUAAGCAAAGAAAGACGAAAAAAUCUGCCAAGAAAAUCAAAUACAACUAAAGCAGAUAAUAAAAGAGCCAAAAAGUACACAAAUAUUCACUAAUGAAGUAUAUCAAUUGGUCUUGAGAUGAGCUACAAUUUAUCAUGUUUAUUCAUGGCCUAAAGGAUUUGUUUUUGCUGAUAAGGAAACCAAGAGAUGCAGAGUUAAACAAAUGCCGAGUCACACCAAAUGAGACAUGCAGUAUUUGUUCCUGUGCUAAACUGGAAGUACUCCUGUGAAACAUUGUGACAUAAUUUAAAGCAAACAUGCUUAGCUUUGCAUAAACAAUCAAAGCUUGAAGAACAAUCCCUUCUCCUAUAAGGGAGGAACUUCCUUCUGAUUUCCCCUACACUUGCAGGAAUAUUGUUAUUUUACAGCGCAGGAAGUUGUUUUCGUUGUGAAUCACAGUCAUUUUUCACGCUCCUGAUGACUGCCAGGGUCGCUUUUCCCUCGCCGUGCAACAUUUCCUUAUCAAAGCAAUUUUGUAAAACUUAUUUGGCUUCAUAUCAAAAGCAGUGCAAGAUUCUGUGUGUAUCAAGAGUUGAUCUCAAGCUAAUGUGCUUUACUUAGAUGGUUCCCAGCAUACUUCGGCCUGGCAUGAGGUAGCAGGGAGUAAACCCAGCUGUGAACAGGGCCUCAUGUGUGACCUGCCCCGGCUGUCCAGGGGGGAAUGACUGCAGGCAUAGUUAGAGUGGGGGGGUUCCCAUGUCACAGCUUAGGGCAUGCUGAUGUUGUGGGCCUACUUUACAACAUGUUUUCAUUUUUGCUCCUCUGACAAGCCUCUUGACUCUUCAGAGACCUUUAAUUCAUGGUCCCACUCUGCUCACUGUCAAUCUCGGCAUCCCUGAGGGUCAUUCCCAUCCAUGGGAACAUUGGUUGUGACGGUAGGAUUCCCAGAGGGGAUGGUACAGGGUGGGGUCUUGACAGAAAAUCACAGCCAGGCCAGAAGGACAUAGUUUUGUGGUUCAAAACUUCUCUUCUUCUGCUAAAGUGAGGGGGCUAGAUUUAAGGAAGGGAUGGCAUUUCAUGAGGAGUUGAAAUUUGGAUGGACAGGCUGCAUGCACGUUCCAGGAAACCGUGUGAGUAAAAAAAGGAUGUGUCACCUCUCCCUAAAAUAGAUCAAUGCGCUGGGACCUUGAUGAUAUAGGUGAGAGCAUGAAGGCUGAUUAAGGGCCAGGAUGUGCGUGAGACAUCCUCUGAUGUUCAGGAAUUCUCUCAUUAAAGAGGGUCAUGUUGAUGGUCAAUAGGAAUCAGGCUGCGGAAUAAACAGGGGAGGCUCCUCCAGCGAUUUCAAAUAAACACACUUUUCUUAUAAUCAACAUGGAAGUGGUGCUACAAAUAUGUACAUUACUGAAAUGUACCACUUCCACUUUUGUAGUCAGUCUAAAGUGUAUGCAGUUUCCUUUGCAGUUGAGUGCAUAUGGUAGUCCAUCCAUUUAUUUCACUUCAUAUUUCCUAUAUAUAUGAAUAUGGAGAUACUGGGACUGAAACAGCAUGAAGCGCUCUGAAUAAAGCAUGACAUUAGUAAAUUUCUUCCAGUUGCUUGUAGUUGAUCAUGUAGAUAAUAUUUUUAAUGGCCUGGAUGGCAGCACUUACAGAGAUCAUUAGUAUAUCUGCUCAGUGUUUGGUUCACUGCUGGGGCUACAUCAGGGCCCUGAUUUUGUUGUUGUUUUUUCCUUUCCUGCCCCCCCUUCUCAGGUCGGACAAAUCGUUUCCAGCUAAUUUACGAUGGUCAAACUGUGGGAGAACAAUACCCCCGUGGUGGACGUAACACAGUGCGAGCUCUACCACAUGUCCCCGUGAGGAGCGAGGUGCUCGCAGGAAACACUUGCUGAGAUAACAAGAUUGUAAGGAAAGCAGGGCCACUGAAAGGCCAAGCCGAGGGAAACGUCCAUGGAGAGGGGCUUUAAAUCUGAGUGUCAUGUGCACAUAAAUGUCCUCCAUCUGCAUCUUUUUGUUUUUAAACUUUGGUGGACUUACCGAGUCAUUUCUCGGCUGGUCAAGAUAUGAAACUAUGAAUAUUGUCCUUGACUCAAUGACUCACUUGGCUGAAGAUCAGACUCUAUGACGUCAGAUCUGCUGAAGCCUUUCCAGGACAAACCAGAGAGGGUUUGAGCGCUGCAGGGGGCCGCUGCCGUACAUCUGUUCACAUACACACUCAGCAGUUGAUUGUUUUCCCUGUGUGUGUCUCCCAUGCACACACACAAUGCUCAGCCCUGCCUCCUGGUGAGAACAAACAUUUGAUAAAACAGUCAAGUUGUGCAUCUGCAGAGGUUGAUUACAUGUAUUCAACCCAGAUAAUCAUUUUCUGGAUCUUGUGUUUGCUAUAAUUACAGAAAGCACCUGUGUCUGGCCCACCUGCAGUGAUUACUAAGGAUGCCAAGCUGCAAUUUAACCAUCAUUAUAACAACAGGGGAAAAGGAAAUAUUCGGCAGCAGUACAACUUAAUAAUGUUUCAAUUAAAAAUGCGGCUGUGUUUUCAGCUCUAGAGGAAAAGAGAUCUCAAUAGGAUUCCUGGAAAAUGAGCUGCUGCAUGAAAACAUUUAAAACCCCUGACCCCCCUGGCAGAUCAGCGUUUAAAUCUCGCCAGCUGGGUCAGGGUUGAGCAAUACAGGUGACAUGGAGGACAGCAGGAUUAAGGUUAUCAGUCAGCCUAAUUGAUGAGCCCACUUGUUUUUGCCGAGCCCAAGUAUAGGCACGAGGAGGAAAAGGAAAGCAGUCUUCAAGGCUGCCAUGUUUGUGUUGUGAGGACAGAAGUGAGAGGUCAAACCCAGCCCGGGGUUUUUUGGGUUAUUAAAACGAUCCUUCUCUGUUUGACAGAGGGUACGUUCCCUCGCUUUGGAGUCUUUUUGGUGGGAAAAGAGAAAUAGGGAAGUGGCAAGCCCUCUUAAGAUCAAUGGUUAUGGUGGAAAAAGGAGUGGCUCAGGGCAGCCAAUAGUGGCAGGGCCGUAGGGAGCUGUGGGGCAAUAACGUAAACAAGGAAACCACCUGAUGUGAGCGGGGUCACAUAAAUGCUCAGUCCACCACGCAGGCAGGUGCUUCCUGAGUCCUGCUCUUUCAAUCAGUUGAGCCUUGCUUGCACUGCCCACUUGCUUUCUGUUUUCUCUGCUGCAAAACAUCUUAAAUCAUCAGUCAAGGCAUGAUUGCAUGGUUUCAGAUCAACCUGCAAUCACAGGGGAGAGCAAACAUUCAGGGUCAGUAAAAACCAGACCGAGAUUCACCGAACUGAUGACGUUUAUACAGGCAGUAAAGAUAGGAGCAGCUGGCUGUUUGUCUGUGGGAUCAGCACAAUGCAUGAUGGUGGGCUGUUUUGCAGAGGUCUGUGCGUGCAGAUAAAAACCUUUACAUAAAAAGAGACAGUCCAGUGAAGACUAGAGAUUGCACAGACAAACCGCACGUUUCCAGCGACAAAUACUGACAAUACUUUGUCAAAUCCUGGCCCACCUCUCCUUCUGCUCUUUUCUCUUCCUUUCUUUUUCGAUUCGCUGGUUGGUCUGGGAUUGUUUUGUGCUGUCCAAUGAGGAAGGAAGUCGGUGUGAGAAAGUGCCUGUUUUUUUGAGACCAACAGGAAUUGGCCUCAUCACAAGCGGUUCCUUUUUUUGCCGCUGGAACAAUGCACUGGCGUCACACCCCUUGACUGGACCUCGGCAUUUCACAUGGAAAAAUGUUCCCAGAAUUCCGCUCCCAGGCUCAGGGUAAGGCCGAGGAUGGGUUGAGGGUGAGAGGGCGGGAGGUGGAGGGCGGAGGGGAACGGCUGUUAGGGUUAGCAGCCCCGUGGACACUUGUCACCAUCACAACAAGAGAAAGGAGAUUCACUUUUAAAUGAUGGCAUAUCAACGAAGGAAAACAAGUCUUUGAUUUUUAAAUUUGAAAAUUUUUUUGAUUGAAACCUUGAAACCAGCAGAAUCAUUACUUGAGUCCCUGGUUUAAAAAAAAAACUCAACUCUAUCUUUGCCAUGCAACCUGGGGUAUCCAAUUUUCAGCUUACAAAGAUCCUUUCUUAAAAAUUAAAUCACAGUCACUUAAUAAUGCCGCAUCUUCCUCUUUGAUGACACCAUAUUCUUCAGAGACCUGUGCAAGGAAAUGUAAAGUCAGCAUCUAACCAAUCAGCUAAAAGAUUUGUUGAGUUGUACUGACUGACAAGCUAAAGGGAUCAUCCUUCAUACUGAAUUUCUGAACAUGCAAUCAUGUCAUUGAGGAAACCAUUACACAACAACUUGGAAGCUUUAGAAAUUUGACACAUACCUGUAAUAGGUGUAGAUGCUGCAGGUAGGUUGAUUGCUGACAACAUGUAGACUGUUUGAGUUGACUGCAUGUUGAGUUUGUCUUCAAUAAAGGAUUCUGAGUGGAAUGAUGAGACCAAGUCGAUCCACCAUUACUCUGCUGUCUCUAUGUAUCUUUGAGUGUGUGUUUAUGUGAAGCUCCUACUGUGUACUGUGUGGCAAAAUCCCACAAGUUAUCCAUGCUUUUAUUACAUCUUGUUUAGAUUAUUGCAAUUCCCUGUAUGUCGGAAUUGGCAAGUCAGAGCUCAACCGCUUGCAGCUCAUUCAAAAUGCUGCAGCUUGUCUCCUAACUGGGGCUAAGAAACAGGAGCACAUAACUCUGGUGCUUACCUCGCUUCACUGGCUCCCAAUUAGGUACAGGAUUGAUUUUAAAAUUAUUUUAUUUGUUUUUAAGUCUCUUAAUGGGUUGGCCCCGUAAUACCUGUCUGACCUUAUAAAAAUGCAUCAGCCCUCCAGAGCCCUGAGGUCAGCUAAUCAGGUGGUUUUAGACGUUCCUCGAUCCUUUUUCAAAUCUAGGGGAGAUCGAGCAUUUUCUGUUGUGGCUCCCCUUUUGUGGAAUGCUUUACCCCUGACCGUAUGCACUGCGAAUACCCUCUCCACUUUUAAAACACUUCUAAAGAUGCACCUGUUCACUUUAGCCUCCUCACCAUUGCAUAUUUGCUACCCAAUGCAUGUUGAGGCUAGAAGAUAUUAGCUAGCUCAUCUAGGGUCUAACAAAGCUCCUGCUAGCUAAAAAUGAAGUAGGCCUCAUUAUAACCUGUGACCCGUAGAAGGAGAGAGAUGAAAAGAGACAAUGUGUGGACACUUUUUUAAAAGACAAGACCAAGUGUAUCAUCCCUAAUCACAAUGGAGAGCCUUGUGGAUUCGAGAUGGGAGGAAAAUAUGAUGCGGAUUUAAGAAGACACCUGGAAACUAGGCAACUCGCAGUGUCUUUCAAGGUAAAUACACAAUAGCUCUCUAGAUUUCACUGAUUUUCUCUAAACUUGGAGUUCUUUGUAGUAUCAGGUCUCUAUUUUUGCCGUGUUAGCAUUCUUUGACAAGGCAGCAAAAGUCAACGUAACACCUGUUGGCGAUCACCAUAUCACACACAGAGUUACAUUACAGUCUAUGUUUAACCUGCUUCUUCUGAAACAUGACUUACAAUUUCUAUAAACCUACAGUUCCAUUGUAAAUCAGCUAAAAUUAAUAUAUUUCAUUCAGCUCCAUGUAGUAAAGGGGGAAUUUGUGUUUUUUGAAAUGUAACUUAUUGUACUUUUCACAAGUUUUAGGUGUCAUUUUAUUGCAAGGUGCUCUUUUUCAACCAGAAAAAAAUCUCAGUCUUUAAAAUAACUAUAAUAAAACUGUCUGAAAAAAGUUAGACUAAAAUUAGAUGGAAGCCAACACAGACCAAAAUAAGACUAAAAUACAAAAAAAUCCUCUGACCAAAUAUGAUAUAUGAUAAAGUUUGAGAAAUCCACACUCAAGAUAUACAAUGAUGAAAUGGUGACAGAGACAUGAGUUUUUUAAGAAUUAUUUUUCACAUGUUUAAAUAUUGAUGGACACCUACUUGUAACUUAAAUAAUUCUGUUUUCCAAAGCCUUGUUUUAACAGUAUGGGGACCUUCCAGUCUAUAGACCUAAAGAAGCACACAACUCUAUGUAAUAUGGUUGGCAACACUGCAUUUCCAUGUUCUUUUUCUGCUCUGGUUCUACAGCCUGGUGCUGUAAGAAAACAAAUGACCUCUGCUCAAAAGUGCAAGGUCUGCACUUACACUAUCAGUGUCAUUCAUCACCCUGGCUAAUAAAUCAUCAUUGAGUGUAUGAGAACUCUGGACUCAAAACAAAGAUGAAUUUGCAUUAGAAGUACCCCAGCUUUAAAAGAAAAACAUCUCAAAAUCAUAUAUGAACAUAAAAGGGGGGUCACAGAGGGCAUCGCUCUGUUAGUAUGCUUUUUGACAAGGAUGAAGAAUAAUUCCUUUAACACUUGAGUUUUUUCCUCAUAAGGAAGAAAUCUGCGUUCUCAAAUGUGAGCAUUGCGCAGUUAGCUGCAUUUUUAAAUGAAGGACCUUGAAAAGCAUGACAUCUUUUUUUACGUCUGGAGAGUACAGCGUUCUUGAGAGAUGUCAUAUAGUGGACAGAGACAUGAAAAUUGCCCAUGAGAGCCAAAUCAGAAGAGAGGCAACUUGGGAGUCGCAGGGUCAAGCUGGAACAACACUCCAAAGCUAUUAUCCAUUAGCAUUAGCCUUAUUUAGGCCUGGCAACAAGAGAGCUCCUCCUGAGCUACAGAAAUGAGGCUGGAUGCAUCACUGCUCCAGAACAUCCAUCAGCCCUUCUGCACAAUCUCAUCAGAGAGAAUCCAACACCAAUGAGCCUUUACUACACAAACAGGCUGCACCCACUCCUCACCAGCAGCUCCCACAGAGAGAAUCAAUCAACCGGCAUCCAUUCAGGCCUUGUUGUCUCCAUAUGAGGCUGGGUAAGCAUCUAUGGAGACCUAAAUGAUGUCAAGCAUGACAUGUCACCCAGUCGUAGGAGCACAAACAGACAGAGGUAACGUUUACAUCUUUCAUCUGCGGUCCACUGUUGUUAAUAUCACAGCCCUUAAGUUGACUUGGAUAACACACACUCAGCACAGAAGGAUUUACAUCUGUUGUUUGUCCUGCGGAGUGGAGAUGGGUUUGUGUGUAUGUACACAGUGAGCAGUUAUGAGGUCAGCUGCAGUUCGGCUGGCUAAAAGGGAUCCAAACAAAAGGUCACAUUUCACUCUCACGGCUGUAGAAAAGGAUCAUCAUGACUCGAGUCAAGACAGAGACGAGGCUUUACGGAGGUCCCUUAACUUCCUCAUGUGAUAAUCUAAAACAUAACACUCCCACAGACAGAAUACGCAAAUGCCCAAGAACCCUUGUUUCGUAGUUGUAAGCAAAGGUAGGAAGCUGCUUGGACAGUGGGAAAAGGACAACUGGGAAUUUCAAAUCGUUGAAGGAAAAAACACCGGACCUUCCAGAAAUACUUGUAGAUUUGUCUAUAAACACAAACAAAAAUAACGUGGAGGUCAGGAAGUCCAGGAAGAAAAGCAGAUUAGAGAUCAUUAAGUGUCUGGAUAAUUAAAGAUGAAUCAAAAAGUCCCUUAUCACACCAAAUCUCAGCAUCUAACAGCCUGGCGUGCCAAGGUGAAAUUAAGAGAUGCUAAUCACACUGGUAGUGUUUGGUGAUUGUGUUGAAUUUCCCUCAGGCUUAAAUCGUCGCAACUUUGAAGACUAAUAUUAGCUUUUACUUUGAUAAAAAAAAAUCCCCCCUGAUCCACAAAACCAAACAACUUCAACAGAAGACUAUUAAUAUGAACAAAUACAAACUCUCUCUGUGGUGUAUCUGUGCUGCCAAAACCACUUGACGACACAAAGGCUCUGCUGCGUAGCACAGUAAGGAAAUGCACCUGCUCACACCUCAUGUGAGCAGGUAGAUUAGUGUGUGAAUAGGAGGUCCAAGAGGCCUGAGGGUUCUCAGUCUUCCUAAUGGGCGAACUGGUGCAGUUUUAACAGCCCUCUUCACACCAGCAUGCUCUUCCCAAUCCUCCAUUUAUCUCUUUCCCUUUCCUGCUGGGAGGUUUUGUCUUGCGUAAGACUGUGAUGCUUUGACUCUGACUGGGGAGGAUUUCCUCAAGGCUACAGAAGCUACUUUCACACACACAAUUAGUGCAGCGCUGGUAAUCACUCAAAAAGUGCUUGGACACAAAAACAUGUUUGGUUUUCGUGUUUUGUGAGUGUCCUUCACAUAUUUAUUUAUCUUAUGCAACUAAUAGAUCCCUGCAGAAAUGUGAUAGAUUAAGGGGAAACUCAUCAGUGCUGAUAUAGUUUGAAUUUCCCUUCAGGGAUAGAUAAAGUUAUUCUUAUUCUUAUAGAGUAUGACAGCAUUGGGACUUUUUUACUUUGUGUAUCACUCCACCUCCGUUGUGCUGAAUAAUUUGCAUUACAGUAAGUUUUUGCAGAGGUCACUGAAGCAAAAUCUUGUUUGAUAGUUGCAUGGAAAACUGAAACUUAUAGAUAAACAUUUAUACAUUACAUACAGUUGCUUCUUUGCAGUAAUGUGUACACAUUUACAAAUCAUAGAUGGAGCACAGUAAACAAAAAUACUGAGAAAAAUGUCACCCUGUAGUUGCUUAUUACUUUGUCAUCACCUUGUUUAUCUUACUCAUUUGCAGACUGGCUUUGGAAACUUGAUUCUGAUUGGACAAAACCCUUUGACAACCCCUUGACAACAGUUAUUAAUUCUGAAUAACAAAAUCCAGAUCAGAUUAAAGAGACAGCAGCUUAAACAAAGCGUUUCAGACAGAGGCUGAAACAAUGGUAAUGGUAAACACAAGGCUUUUUUUCAUUUGAAAAUCAUGUAAAACUAUUGAAGAAGUACAAGAAAAGAAGUACAGAGUCUGAAAAAAUACAUAACACCCCCUCUUUAAGCUUUAUGUCAAUGAUCAAUCUACAACAUGCAGAUAAGAGUCCAUAAAAUAAGUAUAAAUAAACCAUCGGUUCGAUUCCCCCCUAAUCCAAGUCUGUCCGUUGUGUCCUUGGGCAAGACACUUAACCCACCUUGCUCCCAGUGUGUGUCCUCCACUGGUGUAUGAUUGUGAGUGUUGUGUGGUGGUGGUCGGAGAGGCCGUAGGCACAGAAUGGCAGCCACGUUUCCACCACCACCAAAGUGUUGAACUGUGUGAGCGAAUGAAUGAUGUAUCCAAUGUAAAGCGCUUUGAGGGUCUCUGAUAAAGCGCUAUAUGAAAUCUGAUGCAUUAUUAUUAUUAUUAUAAGAGUCCAUAAAAUCAGUAUGAAUAAACCAUCUUUAACUCAACACACUGUGCCAACUUUUUUGGAUCUUAAAGUCACUGUAAGGAACUUUUGGUUUGUGUCAAUUUUUGGUGUCAAAUCGGAUUUUGUUGAACUGUUCUUGACAUGCUAAAGUGGUGGUGUCAGACCAAAAAUCUAAGCCAAACUUGAUGUCAAUAUUUUAUGUGAAAACUGUAAAAUCAGAGUUUUUUUGCUUCCUGGUUGACACCACCCUGUCACCUAGUUUAAGGCAUUAAAGGUUACAGUACAGAAAUUGUCAAUCUUGUUGCUAAUGAUCUUGAUUUCUUUUAUAUAUCAUCAAAAGGCAUCUGCACAACUGUUGCAGCAAAUGACGUGAUAUAGCUAGGAGUGACAGAUGUACCAAUGCCUAUCCCUGCUGACUCUCAAUGUGUCAGAGGUGGAGCUUGUUCUGUUGGGAUCAAUAUCAAGUAUUGAAGGGGAGGUCCCUGUCUGUUGGGGAGGCAGGAAUGCGCUGCUGUUUUUCUGGCACACUGGCACACAGACAGCUGUACACAAACGGCCUCAGAUCACCUCGACUUGUUUUACGCACUUCAGCCCGAGCAGAAACCUUUAAACCCUGGUGUUAUUGAGCUGUAAAUUACACCGCAGGCGUUGAUGAUGUCAUGAUACUGCUGACCAGACGUCUCUUCAAUAGCUUCACUCAGAUGUAGUGACACUAACAUCACAUCGGGACGUGCUGUCGGUGACCCAAGUGUGUUGUUAGUUGUGCCUUAAGGGUAGAGGUGUGCUGACAUAGCGGUGUUUUGUCAACAGUGUAACAAGAGGGUGGCUGGAAAGUUCCACAGCAGAGGAGGGCUCAUAUUAGAAGGAUACACUUGAUAUCAGGGUCUGCAUCUCCUUAUUAAAGUCAGCUGAAGGUUCAAACAGAGAGAAAACAGACAUGUUACAAAGGUAAUUUACGAUACCUUUUAGGGCUUCCACAGCAGAUGCCAGAAGACACUUACUAAAUGCCAUGUUGAUUGUAUAAUUCAGAGAACUUCUCUUUUGUUUUUAUCAGCAGGCUGUCAAAACAAUUUGCUGCAUAUUCUCUAUUUUAAAACACCUAAUCCAAUUUAUAAUCCUUGGCAUUUGCGCAAACAGUUUACUGGCAACUCUCCUCAUACCCUGAGCACCCAGACAUGUUAUUCGAUCAUUUUGGCAGAAACAUUUAGUCCCUAAAACUUUGGGACUAAAAGGCGCUACCAAGUUAAAACAGGACAGCAGGGUGCUGUGAGACAACCGAACCACCCCUUGCCUCUCUAAUUGUGGCAGUAGGUGAUUUCUCCUUGGAGGGUUGACAUCCUUAGAUGCCUCAGAUCUGUUGGCAGCGCACAUCAAAAGGCUUAUUGAUUGGCUGGACAGAUUGGGGCAUAGAGAUCAAAUGUGCUGUAAAGAAGUGUUGAACUGCCCUGCAUUAAACGGAACAGAUUUCCUGACUAAAAGGAGCCAUCUGUUAGUGCUGUAGUUGAUUUCCAGUUGCACUAGUCCAGGUUGAAACUAGCAUAACGGCCAGAACAGGCUCAAGUUAGUCCUAGGAUACGGUUCUUUAAAUGGAGACAAUGUUUAUUUUGGUAACACUUUAUUUGACGCCUAUCUUUGUAAAGCAUUGGAGAAAUAUUUAUAAUAUAAUAUAAUAUUUAUAAUAUUAUAACAGCAGUUGAAUUGCAUUAUCUAUGUGGGCAUUGUCAGUGAGUUGUUAACCAUUAUAACACAUUAUAAUACCUGACCUUGUAAGUCAUGAUAAAAUGCUUUAUAAUGUGUUGUGAUUAUUGCUAUAAAGCAUUAUGAUCAUUUCUGAGUGUUUAUCGGUACAUAGUGCUAUGAUGUGGCUAUAACGCAUUAUACAUCUAUUUGUAAUGCAUAAUAGUGAUAGUUGUCAAAUAAAGUGUCACCUUUAUUUUUUAGUAAAUGUAAGCACUUCUGUGAAAAUAUGACUUUUUCGGUCACUUUCAUGUGACUUUUUACCCAUAUCAUCAAGUCCAGUCUCCUUUCCAGUGAAAAUGAACCCUAAACACAGACUGACAUUUAGCAGAGGGGAAUUUAAUUAGAGAAGCUCUUUGAUCCCUGUUUUAUGGAUGGGUGAAACAUCAAUUUCUAUGUGUUUUGGAAAUAGAUAAGUAUCAACAGAAUGUUGUGUGACUGUUGGCCGGCAGUUUGACCAAGAGUGUUUUGAGUCACAUGCUUACAUUUAAAAACGAGAGAGCCAAGUGGCACACCCCUGAUUGGAUUAUUUUAUUAGCUUUUUGAGUUACAACAUUUCAAACAUCUUGUAUAAAUCUUUUACUUAUGGGCAAUGAGCUUUGCUGGGAACAAACAUCAAUCUGCCAUUGAACUAAACAAUUGCAUCAGAUAAUGUCUCGUAAAUAGAAACUUUCCCCCCCAGAAGUUCCAAGUCCAAUAAUACUGCCAUGCCUCAAUAUUUUCCAAUCAAAAUGUUAUUUUUUAGUUUGGAUGCCAGCUGAAAAGCAGUAUAACAAUCAGAAACCAGCUUUACCAAACACUGUCACAGAGAAAAAUGAUGUCCCAUAAGCUAAGAUGAGGCAGUGGAGGGCCAAAUUCUGUUUCCAUGGCUGUGUUUACUCGAGAGCAAAGCAGUAAAAGAGCCCCUCUGAGUAUUGAUUGUGGUGGCCAGACGUAAUUAAUGAAUAUCGCUAAACUUGCCUUUUACAACCCCAUUUCCAAAAAGCCAGGAUGCUUGAUGGUACCCUCUCAGCUGCCUGUGGGCUCCCAGACAUCCCCAUACCAACAUUGGUGCUGGUUUAUGAACUGUGUCCUUAUAAUAACCCAAACAGUUCCUUGUCUCUUCAGAGCACAAAAUGCUGCAUUCACAAAUCCCAAAAAGGCCGCCAUCUUUUGAUUUGUCAGACAACAGGACAGUUUUACCACCUCACCUUCGUCCAUUGAACACACAAAACUUUUCUAUGCUUUGGUUAUAAUUCACCAAUAUAGGCCAUUAAAAUGACGAGAUUUAUUGGUGCAUAUAAAGAGUCUACAUCUACAUUUGAUCCAGGUGUGCGUUUUUCUUUAUUCUUCAUCAUUAAGUUCCAAUCCAAGAAUUCUUGCCUGUUUAAGACAGUCCAAAGCUUCACCAGGAAGUGCAACCUGAAACCCAUUCGGAAACAUCAACAAAUGCUCCAUCAAAUAUUUAAGUCUAUGGAUGUUUUGACGUGUAUGAGGUGAGAGCAGGAGCACCAUUACACGAUACACUUCUCCCUUCAAAAGAGAUCAAUGAGGCUCUGGAGGCCAUCACAGCAUCAUAAACCAGUAAGAAACCCUCACAGAAACAUGAAUGAGAGUCAUUUUCAUACUCAGGAUAUAAUAGGAAUAUACAGGAUUAAAGCGCUGUGUGGGGCUGCAUUGAUCUUCAAUGGUGGGAACUUUUUUUUUUUUUGAUAAAGCAAAGCCAUGAGAUGUCUGGGCCUCUUAGUCACACUGCUCACUCAAUAGUCCAUUGUCCCUGCUCUUAAGUGGAACCUCAAACCUAUAAGUCAAAGGUGGGGGCUUACAGAUGAAGUCAUCUCAGCAGGAGAGCUUUUCAGCCAGACACCUUCAUGGUCAGGGAACAGCUUCUGGAUCCUGUUCCCUCACUGUAAAUCCUCUCAGACGAGCUGGUCUGCUGCAGGGGUGAUAAAGGCAAACAAUGCCUGUGCCCAGCAUGAGUUUACAUGUGAUAAAAUGUAUAUGGCAUCAUGAUUUAUUUACUCAGCGGCCUUCAUAUACUGUUUGGAGUUCAUUUUUCUUUCUUUUUUUCAUGAAAGGGGAAGAAAAGUUUUUUCAACUUGCUCUGGUUGAUGUUAGUUCAACAAACAUCGUUGAGUUACAUGUAGGGUACAAUCUCAACUUCAGGGGAUUUGAAUUGGUUUUCAAUGGAAGGAGUUAUGAGUUACAAUCUCAGAUAAAGUGUCUGAACAGCUGGGUGCUUGCACUUGUGAUGAUAUUUUUACUUAAACAUAAUAAGCCAACUUGAAGUUUAAUGGAGCCUCUUCCUCUCUUUACACAGCAUGCAGGGGGGCAACUGUGCGUGAGGUUUCUUACGUUUCUCAGCUUUAAAAAAAAGAUUCUGAAUAGACCUACUAUUAAACAGCUUUUUCUAUAAUCAAAAUGUUCUGCUCUUAUAUUUGGGAUAAGAUAAGUGCAUUUAUGUCUUCGCUGCAAAUCUGGAUCUACCCAUAUUUGCCUUUUUACGCGCCAGAUUUUCGUAAAACGCGGGUUCCACGGCUGAUUUAUGAGUAAGAAAGUGUGUUUGCAUCAACAAACCAUUACCAUGCAGCUGUGGAGUUAUCUCCCGCCCCAUGUUCUCUAUCUUGAAUAAACACGAGAAACGAGCGUGGAGGGCUGGGAGGUCAUAAGUGGAAAAGACGCACCAUGCGCUCUGAUGCGUAAAGAGGCGCACAUCCCCGAACCAAAACGCUCGAUCCUCUCAUAACUUUGUCUUUCUGCUGCCAAAAGUACAUUAUAAGAAUUUUCCUCUUUAAAAGUUACUUUGCAAAUGAUUUUUUUUUUUCGUUAGCCUUUGAGAAAGUUGCUUUAUCUUAAUUUGUGAAUAUUUAACUGGGAUUCAUGGAUCGACAAUUUCAGCAAAACACGUUGAAAAAAGGGGGCUUUUUUUAACAACGACUCAAUCUCCUCCUAUAAUAAUAUCUGCUUAUAAUGAUGUUCUAAGCAAUAGCGGAGGGAGAGUUGAGACUGGGAGUGGGCGGUGUUUACUGACUGACACUGUCUGAAAUGGCACCACACGGCCGUAUAUAAACUGGGAGGGACGUCAAACACCCUUCACUGAGAGUCAGUAUGCGCUGAUGCUCCGUCACAUGCUCGCAUCACUGUUGGCAACACCAGCCUCGCAUCAGCACACCAGACUCACACACACACUCACACACUCUCCUGCCGGCACGAUGGAUGGGCAACAUAAAGACCGCAGACAGACUCACUUGUGGAUAUUGACGUUAUUGAUAUUAGUCUAACCUCAAGCACUGGAUAACUCGGUCUUUGCCAUUUUUUUAUUUCCUCUGGAGACGGAUAGUGGAUCUGGAUCUCUUCCAACAGCCUUCAGAAGACGGAUUAUAUUUAUUUUGAUCUCUUUAUUUGUCAUCACUCCAUUUUCACCACUUGGAAUAGGAGCGUUUUGUUUUUUUCUGGAGGACAACAGAUUUUAAGGAUACGCACAUUAACCCUAAAGGAUGGCCGUUUGGUUCACCUCUUUCCUCGCAAUAGUUAUGACAUUGUUUACUCAGGUAGCUUGAUUUUUAUUUUUUUCAAAUGUGGAAUUGAUUAGCAUGGGAAGGAAAUGUUGCUUUUUUUGGUUGUCCUCACUUUUUGUGUCCUUUUAGGUUCUGGGAUCAGGUGUAUUCGAGAUAGAUCUCCAUCACUUUCAGAAUACUAAAGGUUUGCUGGCGAAUGGACUCAGUUGCAGCGCAUCUGGCUGCAGGACUUAUUUCAGGGUUUGUUUGAAGAACUACCAGACGGUGGUGUCCCCGAGAAAGUGUUUGUUUGGCAAAGUCACCACACCUGUCCUGGGAACGGACUCUUUCACCAUGCAGCAGGACGCCAGGCUACGUCUGCCACUUAACUUCACCUGGCCGGUAAGAGCACCUGUACCACCUGAAACAGCUUUAAAGUAAAAACAACCUGACACAUCAAAUCAACAAAAAAUAAAGACAAGUUGAUGCAGUAUUAGUGACACUUACAUAUACAUUAGGUGGAAUAUAUGUGCUUUACAACGCAAAAAGUUUGGAAAUUUAACUUGUUUGACGUUUUCCACCUUCUGCGUAAUGAAACGACAAAAGUUGCAAAUAUGAAAGUUUUUGUUGAAGUUUCUUAUUUGUCCCCUCAGGGUGCUUUCUCGUUAGUUAUUGAAGCCUGGCAUUCUCCAGCAGCGGACCCACCGGGAGGUAAGCAGACGUACUUUGCCUUAUCACCACGAGAGGGAGACAAAUUUGGCGUAGUUAUAUAGACGGCUUCAUAGCAGUAAAUCUCAUUUUAAGUCAAUAUUCCUCACUCAGCGUGCAGGAAAAAUGCAUCUGGCUUUUUCAGCGUCAUGAAUUCGUGUUUGUUAGGAUGCCUUGUGACUCACACGACAAUUCCUUUCAAUCAAGUCUCUCCAACACAAUCGCACUUCCCUUGUUUUAUUUUGGGAGUGCAUGGGAAAGUGUGCAGGCUCAAGUACGAAUAUGAAGUCUUGCCAAAAUUCCCAUGACAGCCUUUUCCUGUAUUUUACACCUUUUUUUGUUUGGUCCUUCAUAACAAGGGAAUAACAGUCACAUGUGAAAGGAAGAGGAAAGAUUUUGAAUUGUGGGAAUGGUUCGAUUUAUCAAGUAGGCUACACCACAAACUGUGUUCAUAUUUCUAAUUCUCUGUUCUGUUCUCCACAGAGACCACCGACCCUAAAUUCUUGAUCAGUUCUUUUGACAUUCAAAAACAGUUGGGAAUAGGGCCUACAUGGUCCCAGGAAGUGCAGAGCAGGACGCAGACGGAGCUCAACUACUCAUACCGGUUCAUCUGCAAUGAUAAUUACUACGGGGACACUUGUUCCAAAAUAUGCACUCCAAGAGACGACCAUUUUGGCCACUACACCUGCAAGCCUGACGGGCAAAUAGCCUGUCUACCAGGAUGGAAGGGAGAAUACUGCCAAGAACGUAAGCAAGAGUGAAGACACCAUAUGGACACUUUUCUUUGUUUAUGAUAAAAGGUCACAAGUCAGAGUUGAGCUGUAACUUUAACCCAAAACAGGCUUAAAAUUAAACUACAAGGCACAGACCUUGACCUUUAGUGGUGCAUAUAAAAGAAAUAGCUAAAAGAGCUUGAACAUACCGUUUUUGUACGUCUGAGGCCUAGAUUCAAGAAUACUGACCUUUUUUGAGUCUUAAAAGUCUAAAUUAUGAGUUUACCUGCUACAUGAUAACAGGUGUGUGUUUUUGGACGGAAAGCAUUCAAGCAAAAUGAGAAGGUGAAGCUGAAGUGAAAUUUGACGACCCGAGGCCCACUUGGCGCACCUUUUCUCUGGGCGCGUGCGGUUUAAUCCAGGGCGGUGGUCGCCCAGCAGCGCGCGCCGGGGUUAAUCGCAGCAUUAUCGCCCGCCACGCGCCACUAAAUUGCGGGCUCUAUUGUUGAGACGGUGUAGGGCAGCAGCUGCAAACAGGGCUCAUACUGCCCACCGCUAACAAUGGGGCAGCUGUCCUGCUUUUUGUGGGAACGAGCAUCUGCUGUGCAGUAACCAGCCGUUUAACACUAUAAAACCAUGAAAAAUCAAUGAGGCAUACAGCACAGGGCAGAUUAUCUCUCCUUGAACUGGUCAGGUAACAGGUUUAAUAGUGCAAAAGGAAACAUUUAAUAGCGAAAAUUGUUUAUUUAAAGUCUGUUUUGUGAACUAAAUUGUAUGUGUGUAGCAUUAAAUAUCAUUUCCUUGUUUGUUUCCUUAUAGCUGUCUGUCUUGAAGGAUGCAACGAAAGAAAUGGAAACUGCACCUUACCUGGAGAGUGCAAGUGAGUAUUCUCAUAAUUUUAAGAUUGUUGUACUCUUCUAAUGGUCUUUUUUGGCAUUAAACUGUUUUUUUUCUGUCAACUGGUAAAAGACGAUCCACAAACUUUAAUAAUGUAAUGAAUUUACAGAAUUUCCACUUAAGAAAGUACUUCUGAUUCUUAUAGAUAUCUUUAUAGAGCAACAGUUAAAACUUUGCAACAAUUGAUGCCAUCUUUACCUCUACCAAAAAGAUGCUGUAUUUUACUUCUUGUUGCACCCGUUUCAAAACACAUGUGGACGUUAUCCUGCCAUGUUGUAGCAUAGUCUACAAAAUAUGAUAAUGUGUAAAUAAUGUCUUUUCAAUCCCCCCCCUAAUGAAUUUGCUUCAGAAGCAGCCAGUGUAUUUUCAGAGUGUUUUUGCGUUUAUGAACCACCAGUCAUGUUGUUCUGUUUUAUGUGUGAACAGGUGCAGAGAGGGCUGGCAGGGCCUCUUUUGUGAUGUGUGUAAACUCCAUCCAUCCUGUAAACAUGGUACCUGUAAAGAGCCGUGGCAGUGCACCUGCAAGGAGGGCUGGGGAGGCAUCUUUUGUGACCAAGGUGUGUGAAUAUAUCAGUCUCUGAUCUACAUGAACCAAAAAAAAAGGGGAAACAGAAUGACAUUUUUAAACUAAUGUUUCCCCAAUGUUUACAGAUUUAAACUACUGCACUCACCAUAAACCCUGUGCCAACGGGGCCACAUGUCUGAACACGGGCCAGGGCAGCUACACUUGCACCUGCCUGCCAGGCUUCACCGGGGUCAACUGUGACAUGGAGGUCAGGGAGUGUGACAGCCAGCCCUGUGGUAACGGAGGCCUCUGCCUGGUGAGUCCGGAAGUCUCUCUCUCUCCUUUCCCACAACACAGGCUUUCCUGUUUUUGUUUUUGCCUCAGUCUAUCUGCUCCUCCAGGAGGAUGCUAUCGAUUGUCAAGUCAGUGGAUGACCCAGUUCACAGGGCGUACACUGUAAAUAGAACUCAGACGGAUGAUAAUAGGACAGUUUUGUACAGGAUGUGAUUUUUAAAAAACAAAAUGUGACAGGGAGCUUUUUUAAUAAACUUUGCGUUUCGUCCCUGCAGGAGUCCGAGGGUGGCUAUGAGUGUGUGUGCACACAGUGGUUUGAAGGGAGACACUGUGAACAGAAGAUCCUCACCUGUGCAGAUAAACCCUGCUUUCAUGGUGGCAAGUGCAGAGACAGGGCUAAUGGUCAUAGCUACAUGUGUGAGUGCCCUGCAGGAUUCACUGGACUUAACUGUGAGAAGAAAGUGGACAAAUGUACCUCACUACAGUGUGCUAAUGGUAAAGAUGAUCACAAAUAAUUCUUCCCUUUCUGCACAUUGAGGUUUGAAAUUACAGUUGCACAAGAAUGGCCUUUUUAAUGCUGUUUAUUAUAUUGUAGGUGGACAUUGUGUGAUCCGUGAUAACUUCCACCAGUGCAGCUGUCGCUCAGGCUUCACAGGUCUACGAUGUGAAAUCAACACCAACGAGUGUGCGAGGAACCCAUGCGCAAACGGCUCCACCUGCGUUGACGGCAUCAAUGACUACACCUGUAUCUGUCCCCCUGGGUUCUCAGGCCACCACUGUGACAAGCCAACAGACCGCUGUGCCUCCAAACCCUGCCUGAAUGGUGGGACCUGCACCAUCACAGCAAAAGGCCCACCAUCCUGCAUCUGCCCGGCUCCUUACAGCGGCCCCCAGUGCCAGUCCAACGACGUGCCUUCACCUGACAAGUUAAACUUGGUGGCCAUAAGUCUUGGAGUUGGUCUGGUGGCAGGUUUAAUGCUUUUCUGCAUGGUGGUGUUGGUAAAGUGUCACAUGAGGAAGCAGAGGAAAAAGAAACAGGACUUAGAGACCAUGAACAACCUCUCCAAGAGUGACUUUCAGAAAGAGAACCUCAUCUCAACUUUAGAGCUCAAGAACAACAAUAAAAUGAUCGAUUUGGAGGUGGAGUGUCCCAAAGAAAAGUCAAAUCACAAACACAUCAACCACUACUGCUCGGACUACAAAUCCUCGGGAUACAAGGAUGAACUGUCACUUUUGGACAAAGAUGAAAGCUGUGAAAAGAAGUUAGAGGAUAAAAAGCAUUUGAGCAGAAUGUACAGGUAUGCAGACAUUAUAUUACAGUUAUAAAUAAAGAUUUGAAUUUCUGCAUGCCCCAUAAUAAAUAUGAUGCAUCUUUUUUUCCACAGUGAACGGCCAGAGUGCAGAAUAUCAACAAUAUAUUCUUCCAGAGAUUCAAUGUACCAGUCUGUCAUUGUAUUAGCAGAAGAGAAAAAUGAAUGCAUCAUUGCAACAGAGGUAAGCUCUUUUCUCAGAUCAGUACAUUUUCACUUCUCUUUAUAGUAAAGCGCUUUAUACUUCAUCAGUAAAAUAGUUAUCACUCAGAUUAUUUAGUUAUUGAACCUUUUUUGUUCAUUUCUGUUUCAGGUAUAA